AAAGCGGUUUAGACUUUAGAAUUGACUUUUGUAAAGGAACAAGAACAGGAUAGAUUCAUAAAAGAUACAUAUUCAGUGAGUAUACAACAUAGAAGAGAUCUUUGGUGAAGGAGAAUGCUGUUGGAGCACCGGAGCAGAAGAUAGAAUCAGUCUCUUCCAGGGCUGCUAAGCCCCGGUAGCAGAAACAAUAUCAUGGGGAAAAAACCUUGUUUUAAUCCUUAUUCAACUGUGGGUCUUGAUAAAUUUGACAGUUUGAAUGCAGAGCUCUCUGCAAAAAGAGAGUUUGUUGCCAGGAAAACAGGCAUCCCAGAGGCCAUGGUGAGGUUUGCUCACACCAGCAAAGGAUGGGUGCCUGUUGUGCUAAAAAAUGGGCAUGGUGGUAAUGAUGGUGGGCAUUCCAGCCUGGUAUCUAUAGGAACAGAACAAGAUACCGUAAACAGGGAGAAAUAUGAGGGUGAACCAAAUGAGGAGUAUGGGAAUGAUGAUGUGGAGGGUGAUGAAGGGCAUGAGAAUGGUGUAAAUGGGUCUUCUAGCAGGAAAGAGAGUGUGUCUGUGACCGUGAGCAUGCAGGGGCUGCCAUGGUGGUCUGGAUAUCUGAAACCAACUGCCUUUGGGGUUGUCACCGUGAGUGCUAUUUUAGUUAGUAAUCUUGUAGUGCCUGCAACAGCCAUGGUGGUUGUAAUGAUGGCACUGGCUGGUUCUCUGCAGAGGCUCUGGCUGUGCGGUGUUAUGUGCAUGAAGAGCUUCAUAAACAAAGGGAUCUCCUAUUUCUCUGAGAUUUUAAAGACAAAAGAGGUUAAACAACCAGUGUGUUGUGAUCAAUCUGAACCACAUGAGGCAUCUCCAGAGCAAGGAGGGCCUCUGCUUUACAACACUCUUGCUCAGGCUACUGUUUUUUCUGCUCCUAAUAACAGCAGCAGCAGCCAGGACUUGAAUACCCAACAGAGGGAGAUGAAGAACAAUAAUAAAACUCAGAAAACUCAAGGUACUGAGUCCAGGGAAGGUCAGCCAAGGAAACCCAUCAGAUUAGAGCAGUCAGGGAAUUUUUCCAGGAGGGCAGAAAGUGGGGAAAGUGAUGUGGCUGUGGGUGCCACUCUGAUGAUCAUACUUCUCUUCUUUUUGGUUGUCUAUGGCAGGAUCUGUGCAAUCUGCCUCACAUCUGCUCUGUUAUAUGUGGUUCCCAAGCUCAGAACAAAUGGAAGCAAUGAUACUUAUAGUAAUAACUAUGAUCACAUGGUUCUUCAAUCAAAAGAGUACAGAAAGAAAGUAAUUAUGGAUGGAUUGCUUGCUAGAAACCAUGGAAAGCUUUGAUAGACUUAUAAUUUAGCUUGUAUUUGUAUUUUGAACCAGUGGGUUUGCAGUUGCACACCUGAAGGAUCUUGUGAUGAAGGGUUCUAUACUUAGAUUAAGAGGUCAUACACCAAUUUAAUGUUUGGACCUCAAAAAUCACAUGAUGUUUUUAGCUCUUCAUCUUACAACUGCUAUAAAUAUUGAUGGGUAUAGCAUACAAAAAAUUACUUCAAAAGCAGACAAUGGUUUAUCUCAAUCCUCUGUACUUAAUCAUAGCUCUCCACUUCAGCAAUUUGUCUGAGAAGGCAACUAACUAAUCACUAAAAAUAAAUGUUACAGAUCUUCUCCGAGAAGAUUUAGGUUUCAAAUAGUAAAAUGAUAGUCCCAGUUAGAAAGCUUCUUAAUAAAUACUGUUCAUUUGAUUU